UGAUUGUUGGAUCUAUGAGUUGGAUACUUUGUUGGUUGCGUGUCGUUCGGUUCUUUCGUUAUCCGAAUGUGAUAUUUAAAUGUCAAAUCAUACUUCACACAUUUUAACGUUUUUAACUUUUUUUCUAUUAUCAAUUUACACGUACGAUAUAAUGGACAUAUAUUAUUGUUUUAAAUAUAGACAAUAAUUAAUUUUAUUUUGUGGGUAUCAUAUUAUCCAUUUGUUGACAUUUUUGUAAUUAAAGAAACUUGAGUACAGUAUCUUGUUUAAAAGUGGUUGCGGCUGUAAUAAUCAUAAAACUUUAUUGGGUGUAGUGUGGUCAUAAUGAAUCAGAAUAGCAUAACUCCAAAUACUUCCAAUCAAGAGUUGGAGAUAAAUGGAGAUAAUGAUUCUGCUACGACACUGCUCCAGGAGAAGCAAACUAGGAGAAGAGAAACCCUGAGAGAUGUCACCUUCAUCGAAUAUAUGACUGUGGGAGUGCUGUGCUUUGUCAAUCUCAUAAAUUACAUGGACAGAUUCACACUUGCAGGAGUGCUAGGUGACGUGAAGAAGGAAUUCAACAUCGGCGAUGAUAGCGCCGGCCUUCUGCAGACAGUUUUUGUGGUGGCGUACAUGGUGUUCGCGCCAAUAUUCGGCUACCUCGGCGACCGGCACUCGAGGCGCGCCAUCAUGGCGUUUGGUGUCGGACUCUGGUGUGUCACCACCUUUAUUGGAUCCUUCAUAGCUAACUUCUCAUUAUUUGCUUUCUUCCGUGGGCUGGUCGGUAUCGGUGAAGCAUCGUACUCCACGAUCGCACCCACAAUCAUCAGCGAUUUAUUUGUGGGCAACGUGCGCUCCAAGAUGUUAGCACUGUUCUACUUCGCCAUACCUGUUGGCAGUGGUAUGGGAUACAUUGUGGGCUCGCUGGCGGGAGCGGCGGCUGGCAAUUGGCGUUGGGGUCUACGAGUGACCCCGUUUAUGGGCGCUGUGGCCGUGGCACUUAUCUUGUGGGUGAUGGAAGACCCGGAACGUGGCCAAGCUGAAGACAGUCAGAUAAAACCGACUUCCUACAGAGAUGAUAUACGCGCUCUUAUCAAAAACCGGUCUUUCAUGCUGUCUACGCUCGCGUUCACAUGCGUAGCGUUCGUGACAGGCGCUCUCGCAUGGUGGGGACCUCAGUUCAUAUUCCUUGGGCUCACCAUGCAACCCGACGUCGAUAUCACUAUUGAAAGGUUGUCGCUAAUCUUCGGCGUGGUGACGAUGGUGUCGGGGCUGGCAGGCGUGCCGCUGGGUUCGUGGCUGGGUGCAACGCUGCAGAAGCGGUUCCCACGCGCGCAUCCGCUCGUCUGUGGCAUUGGCCUGCUACUCUCCGCGCCAGCCAUCGGUCUCGGCAUGCUCCUCACCGAGGGCUAUUUCUACUCGCCCCUGAUCCUCGUCUUCCUAGGCCAAGUCGCUUUGAAUCUCAACUGGGCAAUAGUGGCCGAUAUGUCGCUGUAUGUGGUUAUUCCACCGCGGCGAUCUACUGCCGAAGCGUUCCAGAUACUCAUAUCACAUAUGUUUGGUGAUGCUGGUAGUCCUUAUUUGGUUGGAGUGAUAUCAGAAAGCCUUAAGAGGUCGUUGUCUCCUUCACCUUCAGAAAUGCCUUCCCAGAUUGUGCAAUUCCGGGCACUACAAUAUGCCUUGUUUGUGACCUGUUUUGUAGAAGUUUUAGGGGGCAUAUUCUUCCUUCUAACGGCUAUUUACAUUGUUAAGGAUAAACAAACUGUAGAUAGAACAAUUGCUGUUACUUCAUUAAAAGUUAUUUAGAAGUAGAGUUUUUUAGAAAUCGCUGCGCAUCCAAGUACAGAACCAUCGCAUAGCAGGGCAGAAGAAGAGAAUGUCAGUGGAGAAUAAAAUAAAAGUUAAAAAUAAGUUGGAAUUACAUAUAACUCUCCUUAAAUCUGUGGGAGCUGUGAAUAUAUUUCACAAAAUAUUUGCAUAUGCUACAGUCAAAUAACUGAAUUUAAUUUGCUUAGCGAACAGUCAUGAAAGUUUUUUAUUUAAUAUUUUACGCACAGAUCAUUUGAUUUUACAUAUUUGAUUAAAGAUUGUAUAUAGAAUAUGUUCGGUUUGUAAAAAAUCACAAUUUGAAUUGUACUUUUUUUUAAAUUUAGGUGAUGGGCUGGUCCAAAGUACUUGUUAAAAAAUUUUGAAGAAUGUACUACAUUUGUAGCAAUUUGAUUGUAGCAUGACAUGGAAAGACUGACUUAAAUGCAUAGGGUACGAACGCAGAGCGGGUUAUGAAAGCAGAAAUAUGAUUGCGAGAGAUAGUUUGUAUUUAAAUUUAAUGUAAGAAUUUGAUCCUAAGCAUCACAAUAGAUUGUUACCUAAUUUAAUUUGGAGAAGUAAUGUGCCUAAAAUACCAUACUACAUAUACUACUAUAAAGUAUUGUAGCCAAUUAUUCAAUCAUAUACCAAUAUAUCUAAAUUACGAUUACAUAAUGAUUGACAAAUUGGUGUUUGAAAAUGUAGCUGCAUAUUUUGCAUAUACAUAUCUUUUCUUUUUUGUAGAAAUUAUCAGAUUUGGAAUUGAAAAAUUUUAUUAGCCACAAUAUGGCGGAAGGCCAGACUUAUUAAUUUUAAUAGCAUUGUACAUAAAUAAGAUCGCAAGGGUAUCAUUAUUGGUAUAUUUUUCGAUAGGUAGUUUUCUGAUCCAGCCGAUGUAAGUAGUAUACAAGAUGUAAAUAUUAUAAUUCUGUUGUCAAUUAAUUAUUUUGUUUCAUUAUUCAUUUACAUACAAUUUAUUAUUUUCGAAAUAGUUAAUGUUUUAUACUUAUUGAAUCAUUAUGUUAUUAUUUUAUUGUAAUAUGUAUUUUAUUUGAAAAUUUAUUUUUUAUUUCUGGUAUUAAGUAUUCAUGCAGUUUAACAGUAUAGCUAUUAAUUAGCUAGAUUAUUCUAAAAGUUCCUUAUUUAUGAAUAGUAAAAAAGUUCCUCACUAUAAGCAGAUAAUAAAAUUAACCUAUCAAUGAAUGUUGAUAUGAAUAAAAUUUGACAGGAAAUAGGAUUUUUCCUAUUAUUAGUUCACUAGACUUUAUUACUGAUAACAAAAAUCUAUUAAUAGUUUUAUCAUAUCCUAUUUCUGUUGCUUUUGUAUACAUUUUGUUAAAAGAAAUCAGAAAUAAAUGGAGGUGACAGGGGAAGAUAAGUUGAUGGUGUCACAUAUGGCUUGUGUUAAAAGUUUAUAAUACUAUUAUUUUCUGCCCAAUUAGAUUACCUUUUAAUAUUUAUUUUACGUUAAACUGUAUUGAAUAUAAUAUAUAAGUAAAGACUGAAUUCAUUACUUGCUUUCUCGGUUGCUCCCUAAAUUUGUUUAUGUGUAUUGUAAAUAUUUUGUAUAUGGAGGAAUUGAAACGAAAUAUAAUUUAUUAUAAAAUAUU